AUGGACUCGUCACAGCAGCUGAAUAAGCCGCACCGUGGCAGCGACGGGAAGAAAAAUACCGCCAAAAAGAAGCUCCAUGCCAACGGCCACAACGCCAAGGCGUUCGCCGUGGCGGCACCUAAAAAACUCGAGAAAAUGGCCCGAAGAACCCACGAUGUCAAUGAAAAACGCUACCACGUGCCCAUGGUCGACAGAACCCCGGACGACGACCCGCCUCCGGUGAUUGUUGCCGUGGUGGGGCCUCCAGGAACAGGAAAAACCACGCUCAUCAAGUCGCUCGUGAAGAAACUCACAAAGAGCACUCUCACCGAAGUGAAAGGCCCAAUUACCGUUGUGAGUGGCAAACGGAGGAGAUUGACGUUUAUGGAAGUCAACAACGACAUGAACUCGAUGAUCGACGCGGCGAAAAUCGCCGACUUGGUGUUGUUGCUCGUGGACGGCAACUUUGGGCUCGAGAUGGAAACCAUGGAGUUUCUCAACAUUGCCCAGCAUCAUGGGAUGCCUCGAGUGCUUGGAGUGGCGACGCACUUGGACUUGUUCAAGAGCCAGAGCACUCUUCGAACUUCCAAAAAGAGGUUGAAGCACCGCUUCUGGACCGAGGUGUACCAGGGAGCCAAGCUCUUCUACCUCUCAGGAGUGCUCAAUGGAAGGUAUCCAGACCGAGAGAUUUUGAACUUGCUUCGGUUCAUAUCGGUGAUGAAGUUCCGACCUUUGAAGUGGAGAAACGAGCACCCUUAUUUGCUAGCAGACAGAGUGACCGACUUAACGCAUCCACAGCAAAUUGCUGAAAACCCGAAAACCGACAGGAAAGUCGCCCUCUACGGCUACUUGCACGGCACGCCGUUGCCUUCUACAAACGCACACAUCCACAUUGCUGGAGUUGGCGAUUACUACGCCCACAGUGUGGAGAAACUUCCAGAUCCGUGUCCAACGCCGUAUUUUGAGCAGAAGUUGGAUGAGAUCGAAAGAGAGAAAGCCAAAGCGGCUGCUGAGUCAGGUGAGGAGGUGGCGCCUCGAAGAAGACGCAGAAAGAGACUCGAGGACAAGCAGAAGAUCAUCUAUGCGCCAAUGUCUGAUGUGGGAGGUGUUUUGGUUGACCGAGACGCUGUGUACAUUGAUGUUGGAGACAAGCAGUCGUUUGUGGCCGGGGAGGAAAAGGGAGAAGGCGAAAAACUCGUCACCGACUUGCAAGAAGUCCAGAAAACGAUGCACGAGCGAUUUGCUGAGGGUCCAGGAUUGCAGUUGUUUUCGAAUUCGGCACACAUUGAAAAUGAGAAUGAACUAAACGAGCUGCUGGACGAAGAAGAAGCAGGAUUGCUUCAAGAAGCUGGCAGCAAGGGCCGUACGGCCAUGAGAAAGCCACGUUUGUACGGGAAAUCUGUGGCUGAAGACGACGAAUUCGACGAUAUGGACGAUGUUGAUCUGGAUCAGGAAAUGGAUGAGGAGGAGGAGGAGCAGCCCAAAAUGGUUGAAAUUGAUUUUGGCGAAGCCGCCAACGGCAAGGCCGCUAACGACUUGGAGUACGCAGAAGACUCGGAAUUAUCUUCAGACGACGAAAGUGAACAUUACACUGCCAUGGCCAGAAAACUCAAGGGCUCCAUUCAGCGUCGCUGGGAUAUCAACAAGCUCAUGUAUUUGGACAACAUCGACCCUGCAGAAGCCGUCAGACGAUGGAGACAGGAAAAAGUCGAAGAAAACGACGAAGACGACGAAGAAGAAGACGACAUUGAGGAGGAAGACGAGGAUUUUUUCAAGAAAAAGUCCACCGGUGGCCAAUCUGAAGAUUUGGAUACGUUUAUCCCCAAGUACCCUUCGCUUGACGAGCUUCGAGAGAAAUUUGACGCCAGCAGGAUAGAAGAUAGUGAUGACGAGUAUGAGAACGGGUACCGCAUUUUGAAGAGCCGUUUGUUGGUUGCGCCAAAACUCGAAGAAGGUGAGAAGGCUGGUAAUGACGAAAACGACGACGACGAUGAAGAAGAAGUGUAUGGAGACUUUGAGGAUCUUGAAGAUGGCGAGAAUCACGAGGAGGAGAAGGAAGGAGAAGAAAAGGAAGGAGAUGGCGAUGACUUUGCUGAUUUUGAGGCGGAAGAGGCCAAAGACGAGGAUCCAGAAGCUCACGAGGACGAAGAGAACUUGACGGUGGAGCAAAAAAGAGAACUCAACGCCGCCAAAAAGGCCAAGCUCAAAAUGCAAUUCGAAGACGAAGAAGACCGAGAGUUUGGUGCUGACGAUCCCGAAGGCGAUACCGAGGCAGAUACGUGGUACGAGUUUCAAAAAAACAAAAUGGCCAAGCAGUUGGAAAUCAACAAGGCCGAGUACGAGGACAUGGACCCAGAAACAAGAACCAAAAUCGAAGGCUACCGUGCUGGGUCAUACGUGAAGAUCGUGUUUGAAAAACUCCCCUGUGAGUUUGUGGAAAAUCUCGAUCCAGAGUACCCCAUUGUGUUGGGAGGCCUCUUGUCGACGGAAUCUCGUUUUGGCAUCAUGAACGUGAGAAUCAGAAGACACAGAUGGCACAAGAAGAUUCUCAAGUCGCAGGAUCCGUUGAUUCUUUCGCUUGGAUGGAGAAGGUUCCAGACCAUUCCGAUUUACACCACCACAGACUCGAGAACGAGAAACAGAAUGUUGAAAUACACCCCUGAGCACGCCUACUGUUUUGCGUCGUUUUACGGCCCGCUAGUGGCGCCCAACACGACGUUUGUCGGGUUCAAUCUUGUGGAUCAGUCGUCAACCACAGGAUCUUUCAGAGUGGCUGCAACUGGAGUUGUUGAGGAUUUGAAUUCGUCGGUGGAAAUCGUGAAAAAACUCAAGCUUGUGGGCCAUCCAUACAAGAUAUUCCGCAACACGGCGUUUGUCAAGGACAUGUUCUCGAAUUCGUUGGAAGUGGCCAAGUUCGAAGGAGCGGCGAUCAGAACAGUUUCUGGAAUCCGAGGAGAGAUCAAAAGAGCGCUUUCCAAGCCAGACGGGUACUUCCGGGCGACUUUUGAAGACAAGGUGUUGAUGUCUGAUACCAUUUUCCUCAAAACGUGGUAUCCAGUGAAAGUGAAGAAGUUCUACAAUCCAGUGACGUCUUUACUCCUCAGCAAGCACAAUGAAUGGAAAGGAAUGAGACUCACGGGCCAAGUGAGAGCGGAAAACAACAUUCCAACGCCAAUCGAGAAGGAUAGCACUUACAAGAAAAUCGAGCGAGAAGAGAGGAAAUUUAACCCGCUCAAGGUGCCCAAGCUGAUCAGAAAAGAGUUGCCGUUCAAGAGUCAGAUCCACGAAGCCAAGCCGCAAAAGAAGCUGACGUAUAUGGCCAAAAGAGCUGUUGUUGUGGACGGAGACGAGAAAAAGAUGAGAGACCUUGUGAACAAGAUCAACACGCUUAAAAAGGACAAGGAGAUGAAGAGGAAAGCCAAAAAGAGCGAGAAGUUCCUGGAGAAGUUGAAGGAGAUUGCCAAAAAGGAAGAGGCCAAGAAGGAGAAGGAGAGAGAGCGCAAGAGAGAGUAUUUUGCCAAGCAGGGCAAAAAGAGACUGUUGGAGCUGAGCGAGGCGGGUUCUGCUGCCUUUGGCAGCAAAAGGAGGAGGUGA